UGACUGCUAACUUUAAUAUCAUUAAAUCAUCAUGUCAGCUGAUUUCAAGAUCAUAUUUUAAUUAAAUGAAUAAAAUACUAACUAAUAAUUUUAAAUUAUUAGGAUUGAAAAGUACAGACCGCAUACUUUUGAUGACAUCAUAGGAAACGAAGACACUGUAUCCAGACUAGCAGUGUUCGCGAAGCAUGGAAACGCUCCUAACAUUAUAAUCGCGGGUCCACCAGGAGUCGGUAAAACCACCACGAUUUUGUGUCUGGCUCGCGCUCUCCUCGGACCAACGCUGAAAGACACCGUGCUGGAGCUGAACGCGUCCAACGACCGCGGUAUUGACGUCGUGAGGAACAAGAUAAAGAUUUUUGCGCAGAAGAAGGUCAAUCUUCCACCAGGUACCCACAAGAUUAUCAUUCUGGAUGAAGCUGACAGCAUGACCGAGGGAGCCCAGCAAGCUCUGAGACGUACUAUGGAGAUCUUCAGCCACACCACUCGCUUCGCUUUGGCUUGCAAUACCAGUGAAAAAAUCAUUGAGCCUAUUCAGUCUCGCUGUGCUAUGCUGCGAUAUGGGAAACUCACUGAUGCUCAAGUUUUAGCUAAAAUCCUUCAAGUUUGUGAAAAAGAAAAUGUGUCUUAUACAAAUGACGGCUUGGAAGCAGUUGUAUUCACCGCGCAAGGAGACAUGAGACAAGCACUGAACAAUUUACAGUCAACUUUCAAUGGAUUUGGUCAUGUCAACAGCGAGAAUGUCUUCAAAGUCUGCGACGAACCUCAUCCAUUGGUAAUAAAAGAAAUGCUGGAGCUCUGUACUCAGGGAAAAAUUUCUAAAGCCUACGAUGUCCUCAGCAGCUUGUGGAAACUCGGAUACUCUGCUGAAGACUUGAUCAGUAAUAUCUUCAGAGUCGGCAAAAAUUUACAAAUUGACGAGACAUUGAAGUUAGAUUACAUAAAAGAAAUCGGGAUCACGCAUUUGGACAUUCUGGAUGGAAUCAACAGCUUGCUGCAACUCAACAGCCUCCUAGCUCGUUUGUGCCGUCGUUCAUUGUUAAAAUAA